AUGGAAACCGUAGCGUCAAUAUUCACAGCAAUGGAUAAUAUUAUUCAACGAGCAAAUGAGGUGAAAGUAUGUCAAGAUCAUGUGCAACUGAUAAUAAAUAGUUUAACUCAUCUUCGACGUGGAUUGAAUGACUUAGUUACACCAUUAGAUGAAAGUCAUUCACAAGAAGAUCUUGCACAAAUACUAAAAGCUAUCAAUGAAGUUAUUACUAGUUGUAGUGAAAAUGAAAAUUAUCUUAAUGGAGUCACUUAUCAAGAUCUCGAAUCUGUACUGCUUCGUCUUCAUUCUCGACUAGUUCAACACGAAGCUAAUAUAACAGGUGACUAUGAAACGAAAGUCCAAAUACUUAGCAACGCGUGCCAAAAGCAGCAGCUUCUUCGUCAAGAGUCUUUUGAUGAGACGAUGAGGCAAAAAUUAGAAGCUAUUGAGCAAUGUACUAAGAAAAACAUCAUAGAGAAACUUCGUCUCUUACGUGAAAAACAUCUCAAAACGAUCGAAUCCUAUCUUCGUACUUCUAUUGAAUUGCAUAAAAGUGAAUCUCCUACUGGUCUCACUGGUGAUAUUGUUGCUAAAGUUACUCAUAAUUCCUAUCAAAUCUCUUACAAAGAACGAAUGACAUUAGAACAUAAAUGGCGAUCAUGUAAACUUCCUCUUUCACGUACAUUCAUUCAACUCAUACCUGAUAAAUCUACAUCAUUCGAAAGAAAUGAAUUACAACGAUUGCUAAUGGAAAAUGAAACCAAUAUAUUACACGAUACACACAGUAGAAAAGAAAUAUCUAAAGGAAUAUGGAAACGACUAGUAUCAACUCCCUACAUGAUAUCAAUGGUUGAAAAAGAUCCCUAUUCGAAAGAAGACAAUGUCACUCUAGAAAAUAUAAUUCGAUCGAAACGUUGGAUUGUUAUUUUGGGUGAUCCAGGAAGUGGAAAAACAAGUUUUGCUCGAUGGCUCGUUCAUCAUCUUGCUCAGACGCUACUUCUCAAUGGACCAGAUUCAACUGAUUAUGGUCCUCUUCGUAUACCAAUUCUAAUUCGUAUUGGUGAAUUUGCCGAAAUAUUGAAAGAACAACCAUCACUUAAUUUAUUUGAUUAUAUUGGAAAACAUAAAUGGACGGGCAAAUCAAUAGUUGAUGACUUAUCGAUUUCUUCUGAUAAUGUAUCAAAUGCUCUUCAAGAUUAUAUUAAACAAGGUCAAGCUUUAAUUAUACUUGAUGGCCUUAAUGAAAUUCCCAUGUCAAAUCAACGUUUAAAAAUCAUUAAUAUUGUUGAAAACUUUGUUGAUACUUAUGUUCAGACACCCACAGAUAUUUCUAUAUUUGACAAUGUAUAUUUGAACAAGUUAUUUGAUGAUCCAUCUCGAUUAGGAGGUAAUCAAUUGAUCAUUACAAGUCGUAUAGCCAGUUAUCAUGCUGCUCCAUUAACUGGUCAAUUUGCUCAUUACACAAUUAAACCCAUGAAUAUAGAACAUAUUAAAGAUUUUGUUGAUUAUUGGUUUUUUCGUGUGCAUCAACGUGUAAUUGAAAGUUUAGGUCUUCCAUUAGUUAAUCAAGGAGAGAUUCAUAGUGAAGCGCUGAAGAAAGAAUUAGAAACAACUAAAAAUGUUGCUCUUCUUGAUAUGGCUUCAAAUUCUGGUUUACUAUCAUCUAUUUGUACCAUAUGUUUUAGUCAAUUAAAUGGUUCAUCUUUACCUACUCAACGGAUUCUUCUAUAUGAAUUAGUUAUCAAAUCAGUCUUAAAUUUAUGUCAUAGUACAAUACCAACUAUUGACACACCAAAAUUGAUUCGAAUUCUGACUGAUAUUGCUUAUUAUAUUCAUCAAAAUUCAACAUCGAAUUGUAUUGACAAGGAAGAAAUAAAAGAAAUCUGUGUUCAAACAAUCCAAGCUUCCAUAAAUAAAACAUUACUAACGACAGAAGACAUGUAUGAUAUUGAAAGACAGGCAUCUGAAAUGGCACAAGUUAUUCGUGAUGAUGUUGGUAUAUUAACUUAUCGAGGUGAAUCACUCUAUGGUUUUCUUCAUUCAAUAUUUCAAGAAUACUUUACUUGCUUGAAACUCAUUGAGGUAGAUAAACCUAGACAAAGGAGAUUGACUACUGAUGAAUUGGAUCGAAACAAAAAAAUUCAACUUAUCGCUCAAUUAUUAUGUCGUCACACAGCUGAUCUACGAUUUCGAGUACCAAUUACACUUGCUUUCGGAAAAAUUAGUUCUUCUUGGCCUCAAAAUGAUUUUAACGAUCUCUGUCACGAAUUUAUACAUGCUCAAGACAAAGAUUAUUCUCUGCUACCACUUGGUGCUUAUAUAUUAAUUAAUUGUGUCAAUGAUUUUGUUAAUUAUCCUUCAAAUGAUAUUUUGUUCAAUGCUUUAGAUCGUUUAAUAAUCGCAGCUAGUCAACAUAAAUGGUCGAUUGUUUGUCCGUUUCUAUUCGAUCAAAUUACAAAUACAUUGAGAAAAUAUCCACAUGACAUUAUUUCAUUAUGGAUUAAUAAAUUAUUAUCUCAAUCUUCUCGACAUGAUAUUCAAAUAAUAUUGACUCUUUGUCAUCUCAUCGAAGGAAAACCUCAUGAAUUUAAAAAUAUUGAAUGGUUAGAUCAAUCAUCUUGUUCAAUACUUCAAUCCUUGUCAAUAUUUGAUAAUGAAAAUAAUGAAUUUGCUAUUGAUAGACUAUUAGUUAAAAUUGCUUUCUCAAAUCAUCAAUUAUUGCCUUCCAAUUCAAAUACUUUCAAAGAAUUCUUACUUGAUAAAAAUAUCGAAAUGACUUCAAUUCCUAUGGUCCUCUUUCCUUUAAUCAUUGCUUUAUAUGGUGGCUUAAAACGAGAUGAUCAAACUGUUGUCUUCAAUCCGUCUCAUAUUCAUCGAGAAUCAACUGCAUUAACACCGAUUUUAAUAAAUUUCUUUUCCAGAAAAGGUCAUGAAAAACAAGAUCAAGGUUUAAAAAAAUUAAAACAAGAAUGUAUAAAAUCGUUCGCAAUGAGAAUGGAAAAUCAUGAUGAAUCUUCAGAAGCAGUUGAUUUGUGCAUUGCAACAAUAUGCUUUUAUAAUAUUGAUUAUGUACAAGAUAAUUUGAAAAUAAUUUCCAAUUCUCUUUUACGUAUGAGUAUGAAUAGAUUAAAAUAUAUUUCAAUGAUCUUACGUCAAUUUUAUUUUACCGCUGAUGACAAUGAUCGAUCUAUGGAAAAUGAAACCACAAAAUUUAUUUCAACUAUUAUCGAAAAAUUUCAGUAUGUUGAAUCAGCAAGAAGUAAUUUUCUGGAUUUGUUAGAUUCAUUGAGAAGUAGUGUAGCUCGCUUGCGAUGUUCUUCAACAUCAAUUUUGUUGGAAGGAGAAUCAAGACCUGAUAAACGAGUAACAUUACAUUUACCUAAUUCUCUUCGACAAGAAGGUAAGUUGCUCAAUGGUCUUUUAUCCACAGAUGUACAAUUUUAUUCCGAUCGAAAAUCUUGCUCAAUACUUCAUCAUUUCACCAAACUUUUCUGGCCAUUAGAACAUAAUGAUGAGCUCGAUACACAAUACAGAAUGGCAGUUGCUCUGAAUGAAAUACCAGAAUAUUUACACUUUCGCAAUGAUGAAGAUAUUUUAUUUCCAUUAACAUUUGUUCCUUCACAUUUACGAAAUUUGUAUGUUCGAUUGUUGAAAGGAAAAUUUAUUAUGAUCAAUUCAAAAGACUCUAUACUCAAUAAUAGACAACAUCUUUAUUUUGGUCACAUUUUAAUAGAAUGUUUGAUAUUUUUAUCAAAUGCAUCAUGUAAGAGAUUGUCUAUUCAAGGCGCCUUAAUCACACUGUUACCUUGGCUUCGAAUGCAGCAAUUGGAAAACUUUGGCAGUAGUCUUUUGUGGAAGUUAUCUAUAAAAGAUUCUGAUGCUUUGGGCAAUUUUGAAAUACAAAAACAACGUUCAAUGAAUUAUGAAACUGGUCAAUAUACAGAUACAGAUGAGAAUCCUUUUUAUGGAACUGAUCUAAUAGAGGAACAGCAAAAAACAAUAAUCCGAGAUAAUACUGAACAAGAAUAUGAAAGACUUCAAAAUGCUUCAAUUGAAAAUGAUAAAUCAAAUAUAAAACUUUAUUCUGCAUCAAUCUCUUUGGCACAUGUUUGUCAUUGGACUGAAGAAGAAAGAAAAUUAUCUUUAUUAGAACAGAGUAUAUAUGGAGCUAUGUUAAUUCAGAACAAACUUGCUCGUCUUGAUGCAUUAUGUGUAAUUGCUUUUUACUCUUAUUCCGAUUAUGAUCGAAUUAAAGUAGGUGGAAAUAGAUCUUUACAAAAAGAAAUUGACCAUCAGUUCAAUGAAAUUUAUCCAAAUCUACCUCUUCUAUUACAAACAGCUAUUUUCAUUCGAUGUUUACCUUUACUACAACAUUCACAAGCGAUUGAUGAUUGUCUUCAAAAUCUCUUUGAUAAAUUUGCCGAUACAGAUCUACGAGAUCAACAAGCAGUCAUUGAAGCAUUGUUACCAUAUAUGCAAUUAAACUAUACUUUUUCGUCGAUUACAAAUUGUUUCUCACAUAGUUUACAAGACCAGAACAGAACAAUAAAUAAUAAAUCUUCUUUGUUGAAGAAAUAUUUUAAUAUUGAUCCACAUGAAAAUUUAUCUUUUUCAUUAUUUAUUUGUAAUUUAUAUCUUAUGGAAUUAGCUAAGGAUUUUCACGAAUGUAUUAAAAUGGAUAAUCGUCAAUAUAUCAUUGAUGAAUCAAUUACAACAAAGUUGUUUCAAUUUGAAAAUUGUAUCCUGACAGAAGCACAAGCAUUAGCAAUAACUAAUAUUUUUUCAUUCAAUUCAUUAACAGAUCAAUCUAAGCAGUUAGACAAACUUCGAAUUAUUUUAAGCAAUGCUCUUCAUCGUAUGAAUUGGAUAGAAUUUAAAGCAUGUCGUUUGUUAGAAUCGUGGCUAAAAUGGAAAGAUUCAAAUGAAUUAUCUUCAUUUGCGUAUCAUGCUGCACUUCUUCUAAUUAAUUCUGAUUUAUGGUCUGUCGAAGCUACAACAAUUGUAUGUGAUAUUUUAUGUAGUGACAAUGAUCGUUUUCGUCAGAGAGCUGAAAUUAUGUUACGAUCAUCAAGUGACAAUAAUGUUCGAACUAGUUCGAAAUUGGGUAUUGAUAUUUUAUUAGCUUUAGUUAAGAAAAAAGUUCAUUAUCAAUUAACUUCAGCAUCGGCCAAACUUACGUUAAAUAGAUUACUCGGAAGUAUAAUUCUAGAUAUUCAAUCUCAUCUAGAAACAUUACUUUGGCUUGAAAGAUAUAGAAUUCAUGCCUUAACUAAUAAAGAAUAUUCCUUCAAUACAUCAAGAUCGAGAAGAAAUACUUAUAUAACUUCGUUUUUUUCAACCGACGUAGCAAUAGAUGCAUGUUCCUAUGUUAAUAUGUUCCAAAUGUCUGGUGAUGUGAUAAUAUAUAUGUGUGAUAUGAUUGCAUCGAAUUUAUUUUCAUUCUGGGAAAUUGAUGGAGAUACAACAUCAAAUGCGGUUAAUGAAAGUCAUACUCGAUUUGUUGUUUCAGUAGUUUCGACUUUACAUAAUUUACUGAACAAUACUAGUGAAACACGACAAGUAGCAGUUGAUGCUCUUACGAAUUUAUUCGAAAUAUCUGACAACAAUGAAAUUCGUCAAGCAGUAGCAUAUUCUCUUGGUUAUGUAUGUAAUGAACAAACAUAUAAAGGUUUGCUUGAAAAAAUUAUAUUGGUAAGGAGCAGCUUAUGUCAAGAGACUUCUACCUAUUCUAAUAAUGUUUUGAGUGCACUAAUAUCAAGUUAUUCCUAUUGUGUAUCUAUAAAUAAGAUCGCAUUUGAUCAAGAUGAUUUAGAUUUAUUUUCUACUAUGCUACAACAUCACUCACAGGAUAUUUCAAAAGCUGUUCGUACUGGAUUUGGGCGUGUUCUGCAAGAUACGUCAUUUCUAUUUGCAAUGCUUCGCUUUGAUUAUAUUCAAUGUUAUCAUGCAUUGAUCGAAUCGACUGCAUGCUUAUAUCUUUACGAUGUUCAACAAAAUAGUGAAAAUGCUACUGCAAAGUUUAUUGAAGAACAUCCCACUGUUUUGCCAAUCUUUAUCGUCGAGUUAUAUAAUAGUAUUCGACAAUUUACUACUAAAGUAUCACCUAUGGGAGAUACAGAUUAUGAAUUAGCUUACGGAUAUCCUCAAUAUGUGAAAAUCGCUAGUUUAAUCGCUAUACAAAUGCCGACAGAAUUUUGUGCUUUUAUCAAAGAUUGGCGCGAUGGAGAUAAUUUAAAACGUGCAUUGUUUUAUACUAGUAAACAACAUAAUUUUCCACAACGUGCUGCUUGUUUAACUAUUCUAUCAAUAUUAGGCGAGUUGACAGUCGAGUUAUGUGAGAUGUUCAUUGAAGCUGUACACGACGAUCCAUAUAUUCAGAAUAAUUGUUAUAAAUGCAUAACACGUAUUAAUUCUAUUAAAGAUGAAAAUGUUGUUUUAAAUUUUUUAUUUUCUUAUUUGAAAUCAAAGUCAAUGAAUGUUCGAUAUAUUACAGCUAAAAUACUUCUUCAUCUUUCUCAAUCAUCUCUUAUUUCAUCUAAACAAGUUGACACAAUAUUGAAUGAUCUUAUGUUAGAUCCGAAUUCAAAUGAAGAUCUAUGGUUAAUUGAAGAGAAAGAUGUUUUAUUGACAAAAUGUGAAUAUUACUAUGCUGGUCCAUUGAAAGAUGUUAUUUAUUCACUUUUGAUUCAAAAUGUAACUGGAGAUAAAAAUGAUAAUAUUCGAAGAAAUGAAUACAAUGAUAUUGAUUUGAAUUUCAUUGAAUCUGAAAAAGUAUCCCGUUUCGCUUCAUGUCUAUAUGAGGCAAGAACUUAA